UCUUUCUUCAUCGGCGUGCAAGAUGAGAGUGACGACUACACUACUCCUGAUCCUCGCCUGGACUGGUGUCCCAGUCCUGGCGGGAGGGUUCACCAUGUCUGCUCCUGAACUUGCGGACUACUGCUUCUAUUCUAUAUAUGAGUCUUUGGGGUCAUACACGUAUGCGGGAGCUGCUGCGACCAGCUCAAGCUCAACCGACUCGUCUACCUCUCAUGGCUCGUCAAGUUCAGCAAGCGGUUCCACCUCGCAUGGCUCUUCGAGUGCCAGCGGCACCACAGUCCACGGUUCCUCGUCAAAACGGGCGUUUGCAAAGAGAAUGGCUAAGCGUGGUCACCAUGGCAGCACGUCUACAGGAGGCUGCACGAGCACCGUGGGUGUCAUGUCUUUGUAUGCUAGUGCGAAAGCGUGGUGCAACAAUAAGCAACUGGAGGCCACCAUUCCCUACUGGCAAAGUCUGUGUGCGCAGAACAGCGCCACCCUGAUCGACCUGACCGAUAUCAUUGCCAACGCCACCGAAUCCUACAUCGCGUCUCUGCCGAUUGUGGACCCGGAGACUAACAGCACUACCACCACCGGCACCAUCGACAGCCCAGUCUUACUCAGCCAUUCCUACUACAAACGAGCCUACAAGUCUUAUGUCACCCACGAUUACGCAUUGGUUAAAGACAAACGUUAUGGCUGGGGUCUCAUGGGUUAUUGGGGCGGGAUCUUGGUACUCGGUAUGAUAGUCAAGGCCUGGAACUCCCUUCGAGCGCAGCACAAUAGUCCCGGCCGCGGUGAUUCUGAGAAGAGCGGCUUCUAUUCAGCUGGUCGUAAGUUCUGUGCGCCAGUGGCUGCUGUAUCUCACUUCCUCCGGACCAACUUUGUCAUUCCUGCCAGCUUUGCCCCGGCCCUCUCCAACCAUCAACAACUUUUCUGGUUUCAUACUAUCCCCAAGCGAUUGGAUCUCUUGAUCGUCUUUGGCUGGUACGCAGUAUGCAUUAUCCUGUCCUGCAUUGACUAUCAGAGCUUUACCGGAAACAUUCAGACCCCGAGUCUCUACCAACAAAACUGGCAAUACUCGUCCGACCGUACUGGAGUCCUGUCCUAUGCUUGCCUUCCCUUUCUCUGGCUUUUUGGUGGACGUAACAACAUCUUCCUGUGGGCCACGAAUUUUAACGUUCAGUCUUUCAACAUCUUCCAUCGGCAUGUGGCCUGGGCCUGCACUCUCCUUGCCAUUGUACAUUCAAUCAAUUACACUGUCGUCUUCGAAGUUUACGAUGGAAGAUAUCACAGUGCACUCAAACAGAAUUACUUCUACAUGGGUAUUGUCGCCACAGUGGUUAUGUCGGUCAUGCUCUUCCAAUCCGGCACAUGGCUUCGGCAGAAGUUCUACGAAAUUUUCCUGGUUAUCCACGUCCUUCUGGCCAUCCUAACCAUUUACUCUCUUUUCCGUCACACUAGCUUCGACGGCACUGUCUACAACGGCUACCUCUGGCCAAUGGUCGCAAUCUGGGGCUUCGACCGCACCGUCCGAUACCUCCGCGUGAUUUACUGCAACUGGCACGUUCACUUCGGCACAGGCUUCAUCAAGUCUUCCUCCGCCACCGUGUCAUACAGUCCCGCCAGCGACUUGGUUCGUAUCGAAAUUACCCCGGCAGCCAACAGUCUCACCCCAGCGCCCGGACAGCACUACUACCUCUAUCAGCCCUUAACCCUCCGCGGCUGGGAGAACCACCCCUUCACCCUAGGCUGUUACCGUCUCACGGAGACUGAGACUAAACUCAUUUUCUACAUCCGGCCCUACGACGGCUGGACAAGGCGUCUUCGCGACCAAUGCCGCAAGUCCGGGGAUAAAAAUCUCACCAUUGCCCCUCAAUUGCUGCUAGAAGGACCCUACGGCCAUCACGCACCCCUCCACACCUUCGACACUCUUCUCUUGGUUGUCGGGGGUACGGGUAUCGCUGCGGCAGUACCUUACAUCAUCGACCACGUUUCUCGCCUCGCUGCUGCGGGGGGUAAGACGACCCGCACCACCAGAAUCCACCUCGUCUGGUCCGGUCGCCAAAGGCAGAUGUUUGAUGAAAUCUGCUGCUCGGAUCUGGCGACCGCGCUGGAGUGCUCUGACAUCCACACGACGCUGUACUGUACGGAUAAGGGUGGGAUGGGCACCAUGACGGUUGUCGCAGGAGAGAAGUCCAGCUCGAUUACGUCCCCGCCAAUCGAUGCCGUGGGCGCGGAGUCGAAGGAAGCUGGCCAACUCGUGCAGGGCACUUCCAGCCGAGAAUCAGGGCCGCUAAGAGUGGAGGAUCUGGGUGUGGAAUUAUGCUACGGGCGCCCGGAUAUCACGGCUACCGUCACUGCAGUCUCGGAGGAGGCGAGAGCGAGUCUGGCUCGGCUGGCGGUGCUGACGUGUGGACCGGCGGUCAUGGCGGACGAGUGCCGAAUGGCGGUUUAUGGAGUGAUGAAGGGAGGAUUCCGCGACGUGGAGUACUUCGAGGAGUCGUUUGGGUGGUAGGCUUCCUCUCAUAAGAAGCGAGAAUGAGGUGGAUGAUGGGGUCAGAUUAGGCGAAUUGAGUGAGUAUGAUAUGCUAGGUAUCGAUUGUGCGAAAAGUCUUUAGUCUUGGUGACA